GCUCGGCGCUCCCCGCCCCCGAUCCUCCGGGGUCUGGGAUUUGCCAGCCGCCGCGGAGGGGGGCGGGCCGCCGGCUGGCCCCCAGCGGCGCGGCAGAGGGGGUCUGGCGCGCCAGGCGGAGCUGACCUGGAAACCUCUCCUUGACCUCUGUCCUUUUUAAGAAGCUCACCACCCAGGACUGGCAAGGGGGGACCCACUUAGGAGCCGAGGAAAUGGCCAUCUUCAGGCAGCUGUCCGUGGGCAUGAAGGCUGCCCUGGCAGCCAGCACUGUCUUCGUGUCCAUGAUCGUCUCACGCUCCUAUCUCGCAGAGAGCCUAGAGCUCCGGGCCUGGCGUUGGCUCUUCCGCCUGCAGAUGGCCCUGUUCACCAAUUCUCUCAUGCUCAUUGGCUCUCUGUACAUCUGGCGGGGCACGGUGGGCAACCUCAGCCACGCCCCCGCUGCAGAGUCUGCCUGCUUCCAGCUCUGGAAGAUGGCUGUCUUGACAUUUCUGGCCUUGGCCCAUUCGAGUUUCUUCACCACACUCUUUUUAGUGGCCGAGGAGCCCUAUCUCUUUUCCUUGGUUGCCUAUUCCUGCCUGGGGGCCUAUGUCAUCAUGGUCUUUUUCCUCUGUACGCUCAGUGGCAUGGAGCAAGCCUACCAACUUGUGGCUUGGCGCAGCACGAAGGCCACGAGCAGCCUGGACAAGAGCAGGAAGCUGGCACUCAGGCCAGCCUUGGCAGUGGCGGUGACCGCCGUGCUCAGCGUGGCCGGGCUUCUGAAUGCGGCCCAGCCCCCUGCCGUGAAUACCGUAACUGUGCCCAUCCACCAGCUACCCCCCUCGAUGGACCGCCUCAAGAUCGUGCUGCUCUCAGACAUCCACUUGGGCCCCACCGUGGGCAGGACCAAGAUGGAGAUGUUCGUGAGGAUGGUGAACAGGCUGGAACCAGAUGUCACGGUGAUCGUGGGGGACCUCUGCGAUUCCGAAGCCUCCAUCCUCCGGACCGCUGUCAAUCCUCUGAGCCAGCUUCAGUCCCGCCUGGGCACCUACUUCGUCACGGGCAACCACGAGUACUACACGUCAGAUGUCAGCAACUGGUUCGCCCUGCUGGAAACUCUGAAGGUCCAGCCCCUGCACAACGAGAACGUGAAGAUUUCUGCCAACCGGGCCCAGCACGUUGGCGAUAGUGGUGGCGGUGGUGGGGAUGGCGGCGAGGGUGACGACUGGAUCUGCCUGGCGGGAGUGGACGAUAUCGAAGCCGACAUCCUGCACUACUCUGGCCAUGGCAUGGAUCUCGAGAAGGCGCUGGCCGGCUGUAGUGCUGACCACACCACUGUGCUGCUGGCCCAUCAGCCCCUGGCCGCCAAGAGAGCCCUCCAGGCCCGGCCUGAUAUUAACCUCAUCCUCUCCGGGCACACGCAUGCUGGGCAGAUCUUCCCCUUGAACGUGGCCGCCUACCUCCUGAAUCCUUUCUUUGCUGGCCUCUACCAAGUGGCUCAGUCCACGUUUGUCUAUGUCAGCCCGGGCACCGCCUACUACGGGAUUCCCAUGAGACUGGGGAGCCGGGCGGAGAUCACAGAGCUCAUCCUGCAGCGAGCUCCGUGAACCCACCCCACCACCCUGUAGACCAUUUCCAGCCCUCCCUCCUAUCCCCUCUUCACUGGCUUCAUCCCUUCCCAUCUCCUGUGCAACCCUAACCAAUUCACCCCUGGUCCCGGUCUCCUGCUAGAAUGGUGAUAGGGAUGGUUUCUGUUGACUGUAGGAGCCAAUUGAUUUGCACUAUGCAUUUGGGAGACCACUGCAUGUCCACAUGUGUGAGGACACGCAUCGGCUUUCCAUCCCCCGUGGAGUGAGCACCUGCAUUGCAGAGCUCACUGGGGGAAACGGAAGCAUCCACUACCUCUGGAAAUCGAUGUGUGGGGAAAGCUCAGUGUUGUUCCAGCUGCUCCGUAGGACUCUCUGGAAACACUGAUCUGGAGCACUGUGGCUGCGUAAUCCAAGAGAGCUGGUGGGCAGAGUGCUGUCUCCCUGUCUUUGUUUGUUUUCACUCAUCUUGUGUUGCGGGCCUCACAGAACCUGCUGGAACCUGGGGCUUAUCCUUUGCACGCUUUCAGCAAUGCUUAGCUCCUGGGCACUUGGGGUUGGGGCCUGAGUGGAAACAUGAGCACAGUGCUCGGUGAUGCAGAGGGCAUUGCCUUCCUGGCCUCACUCGUGGUGAGGCCCUUUGGGACAGAUGCUUUGUCCUAUUUGGAGACUGGGAAAGGAGGCAGAGAGGCCAGAGCAAGGGCAACCAGAUGGGCCUUGGGAAUUCCAGGCUCGCAGGCGCUCCCCCUGAAAAUUCUUUUCUGACACUGUUAAAGCCAUUCCGGUUUCAGACUCGCUUAGAGAGAACUAGUGAUGCUUGCUUUGUGGGGUUUUUGUUCGGUUUUAUGUUUGGGGCCAGACCUGCAGUGCUGAGGAGCAGGGGGGUGACUCCUGAUGGUGCUCAGGGGACUGUGUGGUGGCAGGGAUGGAAUCGGGGCUCCCACAUGCAAAGUAUCUGGCCUAGUGCUUUGAGCUGUGUCUCUAGCCCACAAUGAUACUUGUUCAUAGCAUUUCUGUGAGGCUGGUUUUAAGAUUUUUUUUUUCCUCAUUUAAGUUUUUUUUCCCCCCUUGGUUGCAGGGGUGUGACUUUAUUAUGCAGGAUGUCUUCUGCACUGAAUUACAUCCUCUGCCACUGAGGCUUAAUGGCAAUCAGCCUGUGUCUUUGGGGGUCAGGGAGAGAGCCCAAGGGGCUGGCAAUAUGAGGGAGCCUGGGGCUCAGUCCUCAGCACCACCUGCCCCCAAACAAACAAGAUACUCAGGAGAAAUGAAAUGUGUCUGAGGUAUGAAGGCUGUCCUGCCCCCUACUCCAUACAAGACACCCUUUAAGUCAGGAGUAGACUUGAACUAUGGUGGAGGGCCAUGAGCCACCACCAGGGCUAAGGUGCCACUCCCUGCCCUAUCCCUGGCUCCCCAGCUCCCUUCUCCUUGAUCCCACACCCAGCGCACCCUGCCCUGGCCUUAGCAAAGGUGUUCCCUCGGCCCUCUCCCUUUGCGGUGACCCUGCUCCUUUUGGGGGGGGGGGGCGGGAGGGACCAUGUGAUUUUGGAGAGGAGCCGUUUUAGGCCUUAUCGGAUGAUGCUCCAAAACUAUUCCUGGCUCUGUGCUCGGGGGUGACUCCUGGCCAUGCUUGGGGAUUGUAUGUGGUGGUGAGGGAUUGAACCUAGGUCAGCUACGUACAUGGCAAGCACCUUAACCUCCUGUACCACCGUCUCUGUCUCCCAAGUUUUUGUUUUUGUUUUGCUUUGGGAUCAUUCCCAGUUGUGCUCAGGGAUCACUCUGUCAGGUGAUAUGUGGUAUGUGGUAGCAGGGAUCGAACCCAGGUCAGCCUCCUGCACAGCAUGCGCCCUACCUACUGUACUAUCUCUCCAGCACCCCCUCCCCCCAGUCCUAUUUUUUGAAUUGACGUGCUUUGUCUCUUUUCUGUCUCAAAUGCUACUGUCCCCCAUCCUGACCCUGAAUUUCUAGCUGGACCGAUUUCUCUGUCGGCAGAAACAAACGCCUGAGGAGACAGCAGCACCUUCUCGUGGAGAGGGGAGUGUCCUGCAGUGUUUCCCACUAGGGUUCAGCUGGGACCUUCUUUCUCUUCUUCAUCCAUUUACCUUCUUUAUUUUCUUUGCUUCUGCCUAGGGAAGUGGUGAGAAACAUAUACUUGAAGUUUGAAAAUUCUUUCAAUUAUAUUUGAGCCUUUAGAAAGAAAAAUCUAUUAAGUGCAAGUGAAAAGGAGAGUCUGGGGAGAUGACUCAAAGGGUCGAAACACAUGUUUGCCUGUGAGAGCCCUGUGUUCCACCUCCAGCUUCACGUGAUUUCCCUAAGAGUAGCUCCUGAGCACUAUCGGUGUGGCCCCUCUCCCACAAAAACAAAAACAGGUUAAAUGGUAUGCUUCUGAUAAAUAAUGUAGAAUGAUAAUAUUGUUAUCAAAUCUCAAAUUAAUCCUAUCACCAUCCAGAGAUCCUUUUGAAACGUUGUGUUCAGCCCCGGGGUUGGAGCUGAGAGUUGAGCACUUGCCUGGCCUGUGUGAGGUCCAGGGGACAUCUUCAGCGCCACACACCAAAACUGGUCACGUUUGACAUUUUUCAAUGAGGAAUAUUUGGAAGUAGCCACCAAGUAGAGAGAACUGCAUAUAAAUUCCCACGUUUUCCGUACCCAGUGUCAACACUGCUAAGCAUAUUCGCGGUGCCAUUAUUGCAGCCCCUGAAAUGAACGGUAAAUUUUCUGUUUGUUUUUGGGCCACACCCGGCAAUGCUCAGGGGUUAUUUCUGGCUCUGCAUUCAGGAGUUAUUCCUGGUGGUGCUCAGGAGACCAUUUGGGAUGCUGGAGAUCGAAUCCGGGUCAACCGCAUGCAAGGCAAAUGCCCUACCUGUCACUGUUCUAUUUCUCCGACCCCCUGGACAGUAACUCUUUAAGAUCAGCUGUUGCCUAGGUUUGGGGCUAAAAGCCAAGUCUUCUGCAUCGCACCGGAAAGAGAGGCUUUCCACUAUCUAAGUGGUACGUGGCUGUAUCUGUUACAGGGAUCCGGAUUCAAGCACAGUUAAUUAUGUAAAGAGUGUUCCAUUUUUUCUGAUUAUAUCAAUUGGUUUUUUUUUUUUUUUCAAAAAGCCUGGCAUAAAACAUAUCAUCUUAAUGGUUCUAAGUGCAUAGUUCAUUCCUGUUAUGUCUAUUCACAUUGUUCUGAAACAGAUAUCAAGCCUUUUCAUCUUGCACAUGUGAGGUUCAGUAUCCUCUGAGUAACUUUUCUCCCCAUGUCCUGAGCCCCUGCUAAGUGUCAUUCUAUUUUCUGCUUUGGUGCAUUGCGCUGCUCCUGGUAUGUCAUUUAAGUGGAAUCCUGCAGUAUUAGCUUUUUGUGUACUUUUUUGUUUUUUUCCAAUUAAUGCCCUUUGCCUUCAUCCAUAUUCUAACAUGUGGUCACUUUUUUUUUUUUUAAUUUACACUGGAACAGUAUUCCAGCCUAGGCAUGGACCAUGCUUUGUUUAUCCAUCCAUCAGGGGAUAUUUGGCUCAUUUUCACUUGUGAAUAACGCUGCUAAGAACAAGGGUGUACAGAUAUCCCUUCCACACGCUGCUUUCUAUUCUUGUGCCUUUGUGCUCACACUCUGGGACUGCGGGACCAUCUGGGAGUUGGAACUUUACAUUUUUUGAGGCGCCUUCCUCUAGCACUGUUUCCUCUAGCACUGACACCAUGGCACUGUCCCACCAAGAGGGCCUAACGGUUCCUGUCAUCUGCAGAUCCUCUAGAUCUCUAUUGAUUGUCCUCAUUGCUUAUGCGGGACUUGGCUUCUCCAGCCUUGUGAGGUAAUGAACUUUCAGUGACUUUGGAGGUUGGAAAGGCGCUUGGCUCUGGAGUCACCAGUCAUUUUCUAGUUCUCUGAAAUAUUCCUCCCCUUUCUCUUUGCUCUGUGAAAGGAGAGUCUGGGAGGAGCAUCUGGGCAAACACCCUUCCAGUGCUUCUCUUCCCCGUCCCCAAUCCCUCUUCUCUCUUCCAAGAGGGCUAGCAACCUAGGAGGAGGUGGUCUCUGCCCUUCCCCUCCCCCCCCCAACCUAAUAGCUUGUGCCAGGAGUCCCCAAACAUUGCGCUCUCUAGGGAGAGUGGAAUAGACGUGAAGCCUCCUGGCAAUGGAGAUGCCCCCGUCGAAUAUGUGCUUUUCAGAAUUCUAGGAAGGACUCCACUGUCUUCACCUGAUCAGCAUGGCCUAUAACCUGUGGCCGCGCCGAGCUCCUUUAAUUCCUUCUAGUUGAGGAAUGGGCCCCCAGAAUUGUAAAUACAAUGUUCUUUAGUCCCAAGGAUUAGGAAGCAUGUGGAAUAUAUCUGUCACUUGGUAACGGCAUGUAUUAGUGUUAAACUUAAUGUCCUGUUUUUCAAAAAAAAUGCUUCUUAACCAUCAAAAUCGCCUAGGACAGAUCACUUAACUGUACACAUGCUCUGCUGAACAGUGUUUGGUCCUGCUGUGUGUCUGGCCCACAUUUAAGCUGCUGUUUGACCUCCCAGUAUUAUACCACAUGUAUGUACACAGGGGAGAGGGGGCGGGUGGGGUGAAUUUUCCCUUGCUGGGAAUUGGGGUUUAUUUUGUAAUUUUUUCUUUUUUUUUUAAUGAUCACAUCCGUUGUAAAAUGACAAUGCUGCUGAGCUUGUGUGUCUGAAAUAAAGCUGUAC